UAUCCAGUGCAACAAUAUAUAAACGAUUGAUCUCGACUGAUCCUAACGCUUACUAUUAGGACAGUUCAGCGCAGAAAUGGACAGCGACGAUGAUAACAUGGAAGAGGUCGUAGAAGGGCCGCUUGAUGAGGAUGAUCAACCUCAUGGGUUUUGUACGGUUACCUACUCCUCUAGUGACCGCUUCGAGGGACAUUUUGUCCACGGGGAAAAAAAUGGAAAGGGCAAGUUCUUUUUUUUCGAUGGGAGUACGUUGGAGGGUUUCUACGUGGAUGAUGCUUUGCAGGGUCAGGGUGUGUAUGCUUAUGAGGAUGGUGGGGUGUUACAUGGAACCUACGUUGACGGAGAGCUAAAUGGCCCUGCCCAAGAGUUUGACUCGGAUGGUCGACUGGUUUUCAAGGGCCAGUACAAGGACAACAUCCGCUGUGGAGUUUGCUGGAUCUACUACCCAGACGGCGGCAGUGUUGUCGGAGAGGUGAAUGAGGACGGUGAGAUGACUGGUAAUGCCGUGGCUUAUGUAUACCCUGAUGGCUGCACAGCCCUGUGUGGAAGCUUUGUGGACGGAGAGCUCAUCGAGGCUCGACUAGCCAGCCUGACUGUGCAAGAAAACAGCAGACCUCACUCCACCAUUUCACCCGACAGCCCUGUUUAUACCUAUGAUAAAUCUACUUCCACCUGCAUCGCUGGGCACAGAUUGUUACCAGAUCCCUAUGAGAGUCAGCGUGUGUAUGUAGGACAGUCACUGAUCUCAGGAGCAGGCGAAGGGCUGUUUGCAAAGACUGAUACUGGCCCAGACACAGUAAUGGCCUUUUACAACGGAGUCCGCAUCACACACACAGAGGUAGACAGCCGCGACUGGUCCUUGAAUGGCAACACCAUUUCCCUGGAUGAGGACACGGUGAUUGACGUCCCAGAACCGUUUAAUCGAAUGGAGAAAUACUGCGCAACACUUGGACACAAGGCCAAUCAUUCUUUCACCCCUAACUGCAAAUAUGACCCGUUUGUUCACCCUCGUUUCGGGCCGAUAAAAUGUAUCAGGACCAUUAGAGCUGUACAGAAGGAUGAGGAACUAACCGUUGCCUACGGUUAUGACCAUGAUCCUUCUGGGAAAUCGGGUCCAGAGGCUCCAGACUGGUACAAACGAGAGCUCAGGGAGUUCCAGGAGAGAGAGGCCGGGCGGGGGCCUGAAGAGACUCAUUGACCACUCCUCUCUCCUUAACCUGCCCCCUUCCCUUCAAGAACAUCCAAACAUCUUAUGUUGCUCUGAGCAUUUGGUAAUGCAGUUAACAAAACCAAGCACCUGUUCGUACCCUCCUACAUAGCUCUUGAAUAGCUCACAAGUUAGUAGAGUUACCUUAAAAAAAAAAAAAAAAAAAACAUGCUCACGCCCACUCCUGUUCCCAGUAACACCCUCUUGAACUACACCUGGCCUUGUCCCUAUUAUCGUCCUACAGUAACAAUGGGAAAUAUACACCCUAAUGGUCUGUGGAGUGGUUGGUAGACCUUAAAGAAACUGACCGACUGUCAUAAUGAUAUGGAUCCACAAUGUGGAGGUAAUGGUCAUAAAUACAUUCAAAAUCAGCACAACUCUGCCUAGAAUCACCUGACCUCUUAGACACAAACAUGCAGAAAACUAUGCAUUAACAAAUCAACCAGGUAUCCUGCACUGCUCAAAUAGCAUCUGUCUACCCUAACUGAGGUUGCUGUAUAUGCAUGAACUAUAGGAAAUAUGUGGAAAUGUAGGUCUUACUGCAGACAUUUUAUUGCUUCUCCUGCAAUAACAAAACCACCUUGUUGAAAACAGUUUAUCCCUUGCACUACAGUUAUCCUAUUUGUUAAUGCUGUAACUUAUGAUGGCCUUCACUGACAGCUAACCAUAAAAUAGCUUGUAGUGUUCAAAAAGUGCAGUAUUAUACUCAGUGUUGUAUUUAUUUCUGUUUUCUCCUCCAAACCUGGAAGAAUUUGUCUUCUGUCAGUUGAGGAGUGAAUUCAUGUUAUGUAUGUGUUUUAAUGAGAUUUUGUGUAUGUGUGUAAGUGCGUGAGAAGACAAAAAUGAGAGUGUGUUUCUACUUGCUGUAUGGGAAAGAUCGUGGGAGGUCUUUUAAAAUGAACCCAAAAGGGAGAGGGCAGAACUUUGAUAUGCAAUAGCUGAUCUUAUCUUGAGAAUUGCUCUAUGCC